AUGUCGAACCCCCGCGUUGAAGAACUUCCCGACGAGGAGCCCAAGAAGACCACCGUCCAGGAGCACGAGGAUGACUCCAGCGACGACUCCGAGGUCGAGGAGGUCGGCGAGGGCCAGCUCCCCGCUGGUUCUACUGUGAUCCACAACCGCAACGAGAAGAAGGCUCGCAAGGCCCUUGAGAAGCUGCACCUCACCCGCAUCCCUGGCAUCACCCGUGUCACUCUCCGCCGACCUAAGAACAUCCUCUUCGUCAUCAACAACCCCGAGGUCUACAAGUCUCCCAACAGCAACACCUACAUUGUUUUCGGUGAGGCCAAGAUCGAGGAUGUGAACGCCGCUGCUCAACAAGCUGCUGCUGCUCAGCUCGCCUCCGCCAAUGCUGAGGACCACUCUGGCCACAACCACGGUGAGCCCAGCAAGGCUGCCGAGAACGCUGAGGAGAAGAAGGACAAGGACGAGGAUGAAGAGGAGGACGAGGAUGACGACGAGGAGGUCGAUGCUUCCGGACUCGAGGAUAAGGAUAUUGAGCUCGUCAUGACCCAAGCCAACGUCAGCCGCAACAAGGCCGUCAAGGCGUUGAAGGAGAACGACAACGAUAUCGUCAAUUCCAUCAUGGCUCUAAGUAUCUAA